AAAGAGAAGAACAUGAAGAAGUAUAAUCAGAGCAGUGUGUCUGAGUUCCUCCUGCUGGGGCUCCCCAUCUGGCCAGAGGAUCAAGGCAUUUACUAUGCUCUUUUCCUGGGCAUAUAUCUGACCACGGUGCUGGGGAACCUGCUCAUCAUCCUGCUUAUCUGGCUGGACUCUCACCUCCACACCCCCAUGUACUUCUUCCUCAGCCACUUGGCCUUCACUGAUGUCUCUUUCUCAUCUGUCACAGCUCCAAAGAUGCUUAUGAAUAUGCAAACACACAGUAAAUCCAUCUCAUAUGCUGGGUGCAUUUCCCAGGUGUAUUUUUUCCUAUUCUUUGGUGACCUGGAUAGUUUCCUUCUCACCUCGAUGGCCUAUGACAGGUAUGUGGCCAUCUGUCACCCUCUCCACUACACAACCAUCAUGAAUCAGAGCCUCUGUCUCCUGCUAGUAAUUGUAUCCUGGGUCUUAUCCUUUGCCAGUGCUCUUUUGCACACUCUGCUAUUAGCUCGCCUCCCUUUCUGUGGAGACAACACUCUCCCACACUUCUUCUGUGACCUCUCCACCUUACUCAAGCUGUCCACCUCAGACACCACAGUCAAUGAGGUGGUUAUCCUCACUGUUGGUGGGGUGGUCAUUACUCUUCCAUUCAUAUGUAUCCUGGUCUCUUAUGGCCAUAUCGGGGCCACCAUCCUAAGAACCCCUUCCAUCAAGGGAAUCUGCAAAGCCUUGUCCACAUGUGGCUCUCACCUCUCUGUGGUGUCUCUGUACUAUGGAGCAAUUAUUGGACUGUACUUUUUCCCCUCAUCCAGUAACACUAAUGUAAAGGAUGUCAUUGUGGCUGUAUUGUACACUCUGGUCACGCCCAUGCUAAAUCCCUUUAUCUAUAGUCUGAGGAAUCGGGAUAUGAAAGGAGCUCUGGGAAAUAUACUCAGGAGAUGA